AUGGCUUCUCAACUACUACCCCUCGAGCUCAUCGACAAAUGUGUCGGCUCAAGGAUCUGGGUCAUUAUGAAGGGCGAUAAGGAGUUCAGUGGCACUCUCAUGGGUUUCGACGACUACGUCAGGAAUCACACAAAAUUGCCCAAGAUCCUCUUGAACGGAAACAACAUAUGCAUGCUGAUCCCAGGCGGUGAAGGGCCGGAGGGUGCGUAG